AACAGAGAUUAAUUUCUGAUUUUAAAAAACGAAAGGAGCAACAGGCAACUACAAUCAAUAAGUAGAAUCCAUAAACCGCAAAAUCAACAAUCAAUCAACAACAGCAGCAACAAUACAACAACAACAGACAAACAACAAAUAUAUAGAAAUAUGGAUAAAAAUCUAAUGAUGCCGAAGCGUUCGCGCAUUGACGUUAAGGGCAGCUUUGCCAAUGGUCCAUUACAGGCACGUCCAUUGGUGGCCCUACUGGAUGGACGCGACUGUUCGAUUGAGAUGCCCAUACUAAAGGAUGUGGCUACAGUGGCCUUCUGCGAUGCACAGAGCACAUCCGAAAUACACGAGAAGGUGCUGAAUGAAGCAGUUGGCGCCUUGAUGUGGCACACCAUCAUCUUGACCAAGGAGGAUCUUGAGAAAUUCAAAGCUUUACGCAUCAUUGUGCGCAUUGGCAGCGGCACAGACAACAUUGAUGUUAAAGCCGCUGGCGAAUUGGGUAUUGCCGUAUGCAAUGUGCCCGGCUACGGUGUCGAGGAGGUGGCAGACACAACAAUGUGCUUGAUAUUGAACCUAUACAGGCGCACCUAUUGGCUGGCGAAUAUGGUGCGAGAGGGCAAGAAGUUUACCGGCCCCGAGCAAGUGCGCGAGGCGGCGCAUGGUUGCGCACGCAUUCGUGGCGAUACCUUAGGAUUAGUUGGAUUGGGUCGCAUUGGCAGCGCUGUGGCGUUGAGAGCAAAAGCAUUUGGCUUCAAUGUUAUAUUCUACGAUCCCUACCUACCCGAUGGUAUUGAUAAAUCGCUCGGCCUCACACGCGUCUAUACCCUGCAGGAUCUGCUCUUUCAGUCCGACUGCGUCUCACUGCAUUGCACGCUCAACGAGCACAAUCAUCAUUUAAUCAAUGAAUUCACAAUUAAACAGAUGCGACCUGGCGCAUUUCUGGUGAACACCGCCCGCGGCGGUCUGGUCGAUGACGAGACCUUGGCGUUGGCACUGAAACAGGGUCGGAUAAGAGCAGCUGCAUUGGAUGUGCACGAGAACGAACCAUACAAUGUAUUUCAAGGCGCACUGAAAGAUGCUCCAAAUCUGAUUUGCACACCACACGCCGCCUUCUUCAGCGAUGCAUCCGCAACGGAGCUGCGUGAAAUGGCAGCCACCGAAAUACGACGAGCGAUUGUCGGCAAUAUUCCAGAAGUGCUUAGGAAUUGCGUUAAUAAGGAGUACUUCAUGCGUACGCCGCCAACCGCUGCGGCCGGCGGCGUUGCGGCGGCUGUUUAUCCCGAAGGAUUAAAUGGCGGCUAUUAUACAGGCGCACUGCAUCAUCGGGCACACAGCACCACACCGCAUGAUGGCCCCCACAGUACAACAAAUCUUGGCGGCAGCAGCAGUUCUGCCCUGGCACCGCCCCAGCCCGCUGGCGCUAACUCCGUGGCCGCAGCUGCUGCUGCUGUGGCCGCCGCAGCGGCAGCGGCUGCCGCGCUCCUGCCGUCGCCGGUUCCGCCGAACACUGCUUUGCCAACGGUGCCACAUUUGUCGCCGCAAGUUGGUGGAUUGCCGCUUGGAAUUGUGAGUAGCCAAUCGCACCUGAGUGCGCCCGACCCUAAUAAUCAUCUGUCAUCGAGCAUUAAAUCCGAAGUGAAGGUCGAGUCAACGGAGACGCCGUAGGCUGCUGCGUCGUUGCUGGAGGCAAAACUGGUGUGACAACGGGCAGUGACAUUAUGGAACUUCCAUGCAGAAGGCAGGCAGGCAGGAAGCAGGCAGUCAAAAGGGCAGAUCUACAUAUACUGGAUAAUAAUUUAAUACUGUGCAUUUAGCAUAGUCCCUCGGCAUGCACACGUGAUCUUACAUUUGUUUGUAAUGCCAAUCUACAAUCACAUCAUCUGCAUCUGUAUCUGUAUCUUUAUCUGUCAACAACAAUCUGUCUGGCUCUUGUGUGCCAGAUCCAUGCGCACCUGUGCCCAGCCUUUGAUUUGAAUUUUUCCAAGUUUCUAAGUUAUAAUUUAAAAUACGAUACAUAUUUGCAUUACCAACCUAAAAACAAACAAACAAACAAAAAAAAAAACCUAAUGAGAACCCCAAAAGAAAAAAACACACACAACACGCCUCAAAAUUAACUACGUAUGUAUUUAGAAUUUAAUUUGUAACUAUUUAGAAUUUUACAGUUACAAUUUAAGACUUUAUUUGUAUUGCAGCAAAGUGUAAGAGAAAAUAAAAAUAUGUUACCUACAUAUAAGCGCAAAAACAAAAAAACACAAAAUGUUGGAAAAUUUUAACUAAAAAAGAAAAGAGAAGAGAAAAAACAAGAUUUAUGGCAUACAAAAGCAACACACAAGAGAGAAGUUUAGUGCUUAAGAUACGUUUAAAGUACAUAAUAAAAAAAACAAACAAACGCAGUGUAUAUGUA